AUGAAUCACAAUUUCGAGGAUAAAGAUGCCGUCAAUCAGCCUCUUCUUUUCCAUUCAAUGUCAACGGAUGAUGAUAAUGAAAGCAUCCAUAAAUGUUCCCCCUCUUCAAGAUCAAAAUGGUUUGCAGUCCCCGCUGUCGAGGACCAAGGCAUUAAACCUGUUUCAGAGAACGAGCGGACACACACUCGCAUCAUUGACAACUUUACAUUUUGGUUUUCUAUCGCAUCGAAUGUCCUUACCAUGGCGCUCGGUGUAUUAGGCGUUCAACUUUUCGGUCUCGAAUUCAAGGCUGCUCUUGGAUGUAUCAUAUUAGCAAAUCUUUCUAACUCACUUCCAGGGGCCUUCUUUAUAACACUGGGCCAUCGUCUAGGUAUGCGACAAAUUAUCAUCACACGUUACGCCUAUGGAUAUGCAGGAUCAAGGGGUGUUGCUGUAACCAAUAUACUCGCUUCCAUUGGAUGGUCCAUCCUGAAUUCUAUUCAAGCGGGUCAAUUGCUCGUUGCCUUGACAACCUCGAUACCCCUUGCAGCUGCCAUUCUUAUCAUCUCGUUUAUCACUGUUAUGGUUGCCAUUUUUGGAUACGCUGUGCUACACCAUUUUGAAAGGUGGGCUUGGAUACCUACAUGGAUAUCGAUUCUUAUUAUGCUUGCUACAAGUGCUACCAAAUUGUCUAUCACCACUCCCACGUCACCAUCAAGCAAUGACAUUGGAGCAAUUGUAUCGUAUGCUACCAUCAUUUUCUCAGCCCCAAGUAUCUGGUCCACCAAUGCCGCCGAUUUUACAGUGAAACAGUCAACAAGAUUUGACAGCCGUCAUCUGGCUCUUUUGUCUUAUGCCGGAGGUGUUAUUCCCGUUAUUCUUCUAGAGACCUUUGGAUUGAUUCUUGCAACUACUGCAUUAUCCGGACAAGAAGGUUGGGAAGAAGCCAAUGAUGUGGGUGGCCUUGUUCAUGCAGCAUUAUCACCAUUGGGCAUUGGGGGUAAUAUCCUUAUCGGCAUUCUUGCUCUCAGCACGAUCACGCACAACAUUCCCAAUGCUUAUGGCCUUGGUCUUAUGCUUCAAAAUCUGUUCCCUAGCAUUCAACAUUGGAUAUUCACACUUGCUGGCGUCUGUAUUUAUACUACGUUUGCCAUCGCUGGUUCGGAACAUCUAUACACGCUCUUUCAAAACUUGCUCCCAUUUAUGACCUACUUUUACGGACCGUAUGUGGUCAUUUUGAUCCUGGAACAUUUUUACUUUCGGCAAGGAAGCUUCAAGCAGUACUCACGUGACGCCUGGAAUCAAGCUGAUCUAUUACCAAAAGGAAUUGCAGCAUGGUCAGCUAGCUUGCUUGGUUACUUUGGCGCUUUCCUUGGAAUCAAACAACCAUGGUAUGUCGGACCCUUGGCUCAAGUAAUGGGAUCAGAGGGAGGCGAUAUCGGUGUGCUUAUUGCCAUGGUAGUCGCUGCCGCUACAUACAUCCCUUUGCGGAAAAUAGAACGUAGAAGUGGUAGACAAUGA